AAAGAAUUUCAACAAAACUACCAUAAUUAAAACGCUCUUUCUGUAGAACACCGAGUAUGAGUCUGGAUUCUCUGCUCUCCGAGCUGAAAACUCUCGUAGAAAACGGUGAUGUUGCUCAAGGCAAAGCCGUGCUGAGCAAACUCAAAAUUGCCAUCUUGGAAGGUGCGGACGGAUCUCCGGAGACUCUGCAAAAGUCUUGUUCCGCUUUGGAACUUGGAGUUUUAUUAGCCGUGGCGGACAAUGACCUGGACGCAUUUGGACGAAACAUGGCACAACUGCAACCUUACUACAUGUCGGGUGUAGCGAGUACGCGAAAGGCACACAUUAUGGGGCUGAAUCUGAUGCAUUUGUUGGUGGAGAAUCGUCUUUCCGAGUUUCAUUCGGAACUAGAACUGCUUUCCGAAAAAGAAGCCGCAGAUCCGCUCAUCAGCUUUCCGAUUGGUUUGGAACGCAAACUCAUGGUCGGUAUCUACGAUGAAGUAUUGGCGGGCAAGAUUCCGAAUCCGUCCUAUCAGUUGUUCAUGGAGCACUUGUUGCAAACGGUACGAGAUUCCAUUGCCGAUUGCAUCGAAGUUUCCUACAAAACUUUAAAACUCAAGGACGCAGCAGAAAUGAUGAAAUUUUCGAACGUUGCGGAACUUCAAGACUACAUCCAGAAUUUCCGUGAUGACUGGAUUGUGGAAGCUGGGGAUUUAUUGACUUUUCAGCCUCCCAGCACAAUACCGGCUGCUACCGAUAUUCCAUCGAUGGAGUACAUCAAGCAGUCUCUCACUUAUGCAACGGAAAUGGAGCGAAUCGUGUAACUAUACGAACCAAACACACAGGGCAUCCAGUAAACAGACGUUCCGUAGAACCAA